UGCUGGCACCCAGUGGAUGAAUGUGGUAAUACCUGGAAAGUUCAUGAACUUGCUGGUGCUGAUAAACAGGCAGUAUAAAGCUGAGAGACUCACAGCACUCGAGUCAAACCUAAACACACAACCAGAGAGAGACACAGAGAGAUUGAGAAGCAAUACAACAACAGAGAAGACACUAAAAAUGUUGAGCCUGCAUGCAUUUCAGCCUUCCCUCAUCACUCCAUUCAUGAGGAUUGACUGGCCAGUGUGCAGUCUGUGGCCGGAGAUCGAACCUCUUUACAGACACACUGACCUACUGCAGGAGAUGAGGAGCAGCCUGGAGAAACUUCAGCACAAAAUCUCUGAGGAGAUCCAGCAAAUGUCAAACUCUGAGGAGAUCCAGCCGCUCACCUGUACAGUGCAGGAGAAAGAGGGAAGUGGCUUUGCGUUGACACUGGACACUAAAGACUUUUCCCCAGAAGAACUGUCAGUCAAACAGGUGGGCAGGAAGCUGCAGGUGAGCGGAAAGACAGAGAAGAAGCAGGAGGAUGGGAAAGACUCGUACUCGUACAGAAUCCAAGAGUUCAGACGUGUGUUUGAUCUGCCUGAAGGAGUGAAUCCUGAGACAGUGACCUGCUUCAUGACUGAUGGAAAGCUCUACAUACAGGCAUCAGUCAAUCAGAUAUCUGAAACACCUGAGAGGAUGCUGCACAUUCACUGCCCUCAAACUGGGAAGACAACACAGACAGAGAUUGAAAAGAUUCAAAACAACACCACUGAAACACACAAGACUGAUCAGCAAUCUUAAAAACUCUCAACAGAAGAUCAACUCAACAGAUUUGUACUGUGGAAAGCAAUUUAUGAGAUGAACUUUAUCUUUAUAUAAUGUUUUGUAAUAAUUGUUGUACUCUUUAAUGUGUAAUCUUAUUUAGUAUUUUUCAUUUUUAAUGAACUGGUUCAUUCUUACUUGGAGUGUUUAAAAAAAAAUGAGAGGCAAUAAUUUGUUAAAAAUGCUUUCCCUUUUUAAAAGAAACUUUCACUGCUUUGUAUUUAAAAUCAUGAUAUAUCCAGUAAAACUCAAUCUUGAUGUUUUGAAAUUUCUGAAAUUGUAGUCAUUUAUUUUUUAAUUUUAAAUACUGAUAACACAGCUGCUUACGUGUGUGACGUUUCCAGAAGAGACAGUAACACCACAGACAGAUUAG